UGCUGAGUGCAGUUUAUUUGCGGCGCUGGAGAGUUCAAUCAUCUACUGCUAGCUCCAGCCAAAACGUGACUCUAACCUUCUAUUUAUUUUGUUUGUAAGCUAGCUAGCGACGCUUGAAUUAAUUUAUCGAACAAGAUGUAACUUCCCACCGUGUACAUACAAAAAAAAGAAAAGAAAACAUUCGCUAUACUCCUCCGUUUUAAUGGAUACAGGGGAGUAGAUGACGUGCUGUUGUUGCUACUAAUGGAGAUAUUGUUAUGCACUACUAUCAAUAUGUUACACGGUGGUGAUUCUAUAUUUUGAUUGUUGUUUUCUCAUUCUCAUAUUGGAUCUCAGUUUUGGGAUUUUCCUGUACAUCGUGGCAAUACUUUGUGAAGGAAAUACACAAGUGGGAAUAAAGCAUUAUACUUCGCCAGCUAGCCAUAGCUAGCUGCCGGGGAUUUAAAUAAUCUGACGUGUUCGAGGAAAAUCGGAGAGAGAAAAUAGUGAAAAACAUUAAUGUGGCGAUUCUAUUUUUGGCAAAUAUAAUUGGGAUUGCAGAAUGAGCAAGGAAAGACCCAAGAGGAAUAUUAUCCAAAAGAAAUACGAUGACAGUGAUGGGAUCCCUUGGUCAGAGGAGCGAGUGGUGCGCAAGGUGCUGUAUCUCUCCCUGAAGGAGUUUAAGAGCGCACAGAAGAGACAGCUGGGCGAAGGCCUAGACCCAGGAAUCAUAAGCUCAAACGGGUCUUUUUCCAACGGUCAGCUGAAGGGGUCGGGACCCAAAAGCGGGGGUCGCGGUGGCCGUGGUAAAGCUGGAGGGCUGAGGGGGUCCAUCCGGGGGUCCAUCCGGGGGUCCGUCCGGAACACCGAUGGCAGCAGUGAAUACUCUGAGGACGGGCCGGUCCGGAAGAGGCCAAGGCUGCAAGCGCAACGCAAGUUCGCCCAGUCCCAGCCCAACUCACCCAGCAGCACCCCGGUGAAGCUGUCUGAGGCACUGCCUGCCCCUGCGGCCCAGAUAAACGACCUCUCCAAACGCAAGCCCAGGACCGAAGACUUCCUGACCUUCCUGUGUCUACGAGGCUACUCUUCCUGGCAUGACGGAGACUCUGCGGCCCUGCCUAGCAACAUGGCGUACUUCGGGAGCUUGCAGGAAGAGGAUGACCUGGAUGAAGAUGAUGAUGAUGAGGAGGAGGAGGAGUGUGAGGACGAGAAGCCAGCCACCAGCGUGGCGUCCACGUCCUGCCAGUCCACGCCCCGGAAGGGCAAACCAGCAGUGAAGCACAUCAUCAAUGGUCACGUGUGUAACGGCCACACAAAGACCACGGCGGACAGGGACUCCUCUCUGAGACACAAAGGGAGGGAGGCCACGCUCGGGAGAGAGAGGAGCGAGCGGGCGGAGGGGCGGCGGGACCAGACCUCCUCCUCCGCCAGGGCCCACCCCUCAGGGGCCCUCGCCAGGGGCCACAGGGCUAACAGCCUCCGCCGGAACAGGUCUGCCCAGGACCUCCGCAAGCAGGUUUCGAAAGCGAACGGGGUGACGCAGGCAUCCUCAGUCAGAGGGCGCCUGCCCUGUGCCAAACGGACCCGCGGGUUCCGCCCGCUGCCAUCCAAAACUGUGAAGUACACAGCCACCGUGCCCAAGGGCCACGUCACCUACACCAAAGCCAAGCGGAAACAGGCCAAGGACGCCAAACGCAAGCGCGGAAAAACCGCCGCCGCCCACAAGCCCCGCCCCAGCAAUCACCGCCGCGACCGCGGCAACCGUCCCCACGCCAACGGUGCUGCCCGCCCCCAGCUCCACCGCUCCAACUCAGGGAAAGCCCAAAGCCGCGAUGCAAAAACCCGCAAAAAGGUGCUAUUAUCCAGCGGGCUGCACAAGGUGGCUAACGGGGGCUGCCCUCCCCCCGCUGGGAGGCUGAACGGCCAGCUGUGUGCCCGGGACUGCCCGCCCGGCCGCGAGGGCUUACGGACCUCCAGGAGGCGUCUGGAGGCAGCCGAGGCUGCUGUGGCCCAGAGACUGAGCCUCACCAGCCCCAGAAAGGUCAAAGUGCAGGCCAGCCCGCUGGAGACGCGCAGCAGGAAAGCUACUCAGGAGAAAGCCGGACCCGGCGGCCAUGUCACGAAGGAAAGUACGAGGCCCAACCUGAAGCAGGCGAAUCCAGCUCAGCCUGGUCCAGCUCGACUCAGUCCGGCUAAGCCCAGUCCAGCUAAGCCCAGUUUGACUCAGCCUACUCCUGCUCAGACUCAGCCCAGCAGGACUCAGCCCGGCACGGCUCAGCCCGGCACGGUUCAGCCCGUAACGGCUCAGCUCGACUCAGCUCAACCGCCCCCCGAGCGUCAAAGGCCCAAACGGGCGUCGGCCGGCAGACUAAUGUUCACCAGACAAGCACACUACAAGGUGCAGGCCGCCCCUGAGAAACACUCCUCUACCUCAAACAGCCCGUCCUCCUCCCUGUCACAGAAACCAGCAGAGAAGGAGAGAGAGCGGGAGAGAGAGCGGGAGAAGGAGCGGGAGAGAGAGCGGGAGAAGGAGCGGGAGAGAGAGCGGGAGAGAGAGCGGGAGAGAGAGCGGGAGAGAGAGCGGGAGAAGGAGCGGGAGAGGGUCCGGGCGGCCUGGAGCUCCCUGACGGAGGUGCCGGCGUUCCGGCCCGGGCAGCAGGAGUUCCAGGACCCGCUGGUGUAUGUGGACUCGGUGCGGGAGCGGGCCGAGCCGUUCGGGCUGUGCCGGGUCAUCCCGCCGCCUGACUGGAGGCCCGAGUGCAAGCUGAACGACGACAUGCGCUUCCUCACCCAGGUGCAGCACGUCCACAAGCUGGGCCGCCGCUGGGGCCCCAACGUGCAGCGGCUGGCCUGCAUCCGCAAGCACCUCCGAUCUCAGGGCAUCGCCAAGGAGGAGGCUCCGCUCAUAGGGGGCUGCGAGCUGGACCUGGCCCGGUUCUUCCAGCUCAUCAACGACAUGGGCGGCAUGCAGCAGGUGACGGACCUCAAGAAGUGGAGCAAGCUGGCCGACCUGCUGCGCGUGCCCAAGUCCGCCCAGGACCGGCUGGCCAAGCUGCAGGAGGCCUACUGCCAGUACCUGCUCUCCUACGACUCCCUCUCCCCCGAGGAGCGUCAGAGGCUGGAGGAGGAGGUGCUGGCCGAGAAGGAGACCCUGGAGAGGAGGAAGGGGCCCCUGGAGGGCCACUCUGAGGGAGGCCAGCGAGCCAUGCUGCCCCGCUACGAGCCCAAAAACGGCCUGGUCAACGGGCUGCUGCACAGCAACGGCGUGGGAGGGAAGCUGUGGCAGCUGGAGGCCCGCCGCCCCCCGCCGCAGGAGAGGAGGAGGGAGGAGGAAGGCGAGGAGGAGGAGGAGGAGAGGGGCAUUCUCAGCGACCAGCACAAGUGCAUAUACAAGGGGAGGUCGGUGUCUUUAACCACCUUCUAUAGGACCGCAAGGAACACCAUGAAUAUGUGCUUUAACAAGGAGCCAGUGGCAACUGAAGUGGAGCAAGAGUACUGGAGGAUAGUGGAGCAGAAGGAGUGCCAUGUUGCAGUGCAUUGUGGGAAAGUGGACACUAAAACCCAUGGAAGUGGUUUCCCUGUGGGAAAGUCAGAGCCGUUUUCAAAACAUGGAUGGAACCUCACUGUCCUUCCUAAUAAUUCUGCAUCCAUCCUCAGACACUUGGGUGCUGUACCCGGAGUGACCAUUCCUUGGCUGAAUAUCGGCAUGGUAUUUUCUACCUCCUGCUGGUUUCGAGACCACAAUCGCCUUCCUUACAUAGAUUACUUACACACUGGUGCUGAUUGCAUUUGGUACUGCAUCCCUGCUGAGGAGAAGGCUAAACUGGACAGAGUGGUGCACACUCUGCUGCAGGCUAACGGGACACCAGGCCUGGAGAUGCUGGAGAAGAACAUCAUGAUCUCUCCGGAGGUUCUCCAUCGGGAGGGGAUCACAGUUCACCGGACCGUCCAGCAGAGCGGGGAGUUCAUCGUCUGCUUCCCGGGCACGUUCGUGUCCAGGGUCUGCUGCGGCUACAGCGUCUCAGAGACGGUGCACUUUGCCAGCCCUCAGUGGAUGAACCUGGGAUACCAGGCCGCCAAGGACCUGAAGUGCCGUCGAAUCGAGAAACCCUUCUCCAUGGAGAAGCUGCUGUAUCAGAUCGCCACGUCAGAAUCCAAGCGGGAGAAUGGGUACAUACUGAGUACAAUCUCCUCACUCAUCAAAGAUCUCAGGGACCUAGAGAUGAGACAGCGGCAGGAGCUGUACAGAGCCGGGCUGCUGUGCUCUGCGCGCUACGGCACGCACGACUCCCACACCCCCAGCGAGGGCAAGAAGAAGCCCCGCAAGUGGCUGGCCCUGGAGACAUCGGAGAGGCGGUGCCAGAUCUGCCAACACCUCUGUUACCUCUCUAUGGUGGUCCAGGAGAACGAGAACAUCGUGUUCUGCCUGGAGUGUGCGCUGCGCUACGUGGAGAAACACAGGUCGUGUCGCGGCCUCAAGAUGAUGUACCGCUAUGAUGAGGACCAAAUCAACAGCUUGGUGAACCAGGUGUGUGGGAAGGCGACGUCGCAGAACGGGGAGGUGUGUAACGGCGUGGCCCCCAGCCGGACCUCGGCCCGGCGAGGCCCCCGAAAACGAGCCACGGUCCAGGUGUCGCUGUCCCGUAUCUCCUCCUCUCAGCUCUCCACCAGUGUCGCCGGUUCCACAUGAACAGGAUCCCGCUUUUAUUCUGUUUUUAUAUAUACAUUUCCCUCCUCUCCCCGUAGUAUGGAAAACUUGCCGUAGAGAGCAAGAUGUUUAUUGCACUAGCUCAAAGGAAAAUCAUUUUGAUUUUAGAGAAGUACUUUGAUUGUUUUUAGCAUUAAAUGUACAAACACACAAACGUAUAUAUAAAUAUAUAUAUUAUAUAGCCCUCACCUCCUGCAGCGGCUGCUUUCUGUCUCGCUGUGGUUGUGCUGUUUCUUCAUAGUUUAAACGGGUGGACCCCUGAAGAUAGGUGGCUUUUUCUUGUGUUCGCUCAUCAGCCGUAGGACUGCAUAUAAACACAACCUGGAUCAGGAACAAGUUGCUAACAGAACCACAAACUUGACUACUUUAAAACACGCAGGUUGCACUGGCAGAUGCAAGUGAUUUUCAUUUCACUUUGCCAGCGGCAAACCGUUUUGGGAGAGCAGUUGGGAAGUGAAGCUGGUUUGUGGUUAAUCGGUUAAGUUUACAUUUUGGUUUUUUCGAGUGUGAGGAGGAGGAGGUCACAGGAGAAGGCAAUGGUAGCAGCUCCAAACACCCGGAGGAGGGGGAUCGAGGCCGCUUUUUAUUACGUGUGACAAUGUCCUGAUUUUAGCAGGAAACCCAAGCCAUUGAUUUCUGUUUGUUUUGGUGCUGUUCAUAAUAUCAAACAGAACACAAAAGCGAAAUUCUGACAUUGUUUUGAACUGGCAACAUAAAGGCUAAACGGGCUUUUUAUCUGGUUCUACAAGUGCAAUCCUAUUAACAUUCCAUUCUGUUCGUCAUAACGUCUCAUCUAUAUCAAACAUCAGUAGCAUUAUUUUAUGGUUUCUUUUUUUUUUUGUGUUCUUUUGAUUUGAUUUUGGUCAAAUGCGCUAUCACAAGUGGAGCCACUAUUCAGUGUGAAAUGUGAAAAAUGUUUUGCCCCUCUUUUCCAGAUGUAAUAUGAAAGAAAUUACGGAAAGAAAAAUGUAUCUGAAAAUGGAAAAAGACGACACGCUUUGUACAUAGACCUGUAAAUGUCUUUAAAUACUUGAG